AUGAAGAUUUUCUUCGUACUGCUGCUUUCGGUUUGGAUUUUGGCAAGCGAGUGUGCGAUCUGGCGCUCGGCUCCACGAUUCCCGAGGAACCCUCCUGAUAGUGCAAAGGCCAAACCAAACGUAGCAGCUGAAGAGAUUGGUGGAACUGCAGAUGCGGUCUUUAAUGGCCGAGAAUGGGUUGCUGUUGAAGACUUGCCACCUGUGCGUGAGUAUCCAGCAUCGGGAUCAUCCGGUAACCUCUAA